AUGAGGCAACGAAGGUGGUUGGAAUUGAUCAAGGAUUAUGACUGUGACAUUCUUUACCAUCCGGGUAAAGCUAAUGUUGUGGCGGAUGCACUAAGCCGGAAAGAAUACCCACCACCUAUUCGAGUGAAGUCAACGAGAAUGAUAGUCACACCAAACCUUUUUGAAACAAUACGGAAGGCGCAAGAUAAGUCCUUGAAUGUAGGUGAUCCGAAAAGUGAAAGGACAGAAGGGUUUGAAAAUAAAAUUGUAGUAAACGCGAGUGGGAUAAGAACGAGGUUUGGGCAGGUGUGGAUACCACGUCAUUGCGAAGCAAAGACCUUAUUAUUGGAAGAAGCACACAAAUCCCGUUACUCGGUUCAUCCAGGAGCCAAUAAAUGUACAGAGAUUUGA